AUGGGUCUUACCGUCCUACCCGCUUUAAUCCCCGACCUCCCCAAGGUAUACGAUGCAUACUUUGCAGCGUUCAAGGGGGACGCCAUCCUCAGUCUCCUGUUCCCGGGGGGCACGGAGGGCGAGGACUUCCGCGCAGAGCACACCAAGAACACGGUCGAUUAUUGGCACAAGAGCCCUACUCAGUACACGCUCAAGUGCGUCGACUCGGAGACCGGCGAGAUCGUCGGUAUGGCCCUGUGGGAUGUAUUCCUCAAGGAGCGUACCUACGAUGAAUACAAGUUCCCUGGCAUUACUUGGCUCAAGGGCGAGGAGAGAGCGAGAGCUGAAGAGUUGAUCACCCCCAUCUGUGAUGUGAAGGCGAAGCUCUGGGGUGGCCGGCCGCACGUUUACUGCCAUGUUAUUGCUGUUAGGCCAGAGCACCAGAGAAGAGGUGUUGGCGCGCUCCUGACAAAAUGGGGCCUCGAUAUGGCCGAGCUGGCGGGGCUUCCCGUUUACCUUGAAUCGUCACCGCUCGGUUACCCGCUUUAUCAGCGAUUAGGUUUUGAGACGCUGGACGAUAAGGUCGUCCACCGAGCGGCGUUGGUGGGCAAGGAGAAGGACGUCGAGAUUCCUUUGAUGGUCAAGAUGCCAUCAAACGCCAAGGGAAUGUCAUUCAAGGAGUGGCGAUCUCAAGGAUACCCGCCCUUGAAGUGA